AAAAAGGUAACCCUCCUCAACCCAAUUCCACUCAAUGCAACACAGAUAGAACUCAACAACAACAACAAUCAUGUCUCUGAAAACAUCCCUAAUUUGCUUCUUCUUCUUCUUCUUCUUCUUCGCCUUUGUGAGCCCAACUUUCGCCAGAAAACCCCACGUCAUCAAUUUCCGAUCCCCCAACCUCUACCCGGAGUCCCUCUCCUGGGACCCAACGGCCCAGCACUUCGUCGUCGGUUCCCUCCGCCACCGCACUCUCCUCUCCGUCUCCGACGCCGCCGUCGUCGACACCCUCAUCUUCGACCCCUCCCUUCCCCCCAACACCACCGUCCUCGGCGUCUCCGUCGACAUGCUCCGCCGCCGCCUCCUCGCCGUCCUCCACUCCUUCCCUCCUCUCCCCUCCUUCAACGCCCUCGCUGCCUACGACCUCCGAUCCCCCGAUCGCCGACGCCUCUUCCUCGCCCUCCUCCACGAUCCCACCACAUCCGACGACCGUCCGAUCGCCAACGACGUCGCCGUCGACUUCUCUGGCAACACUUACGUCACCAACGCUGCCGGAAACUUCAUCUGGAAGGUCACUGUCGACGGCGAGCCCUCCGUGUUUUCCAGAUCUCAAGCAUUCACUUCCCAUCCGGUUGAGGUCGGCAAAAUGUACAGUUUCUGCGGACUAAACGGCGUCGUUUACAUUAACAAAGGAUACCUUCUCGUGGUCCAGACGAACACAGGCAAGAUGUUCAAAGUCAACGCAGAAGACGGAACCGCACGAACUGUACUGUUGAACAAGGAUUUAACGGCGGCGGACGGAAUCGCCGUCAGAAGUGACGGCGUGGUGGUGGUGGUUUCUCAGCACAAGGCGUAUUUUAUUAAGAGCGAUAGUAGUUGGUCGGAGGGAGCGGUAUUUGACGAAACUGCCCUCGAGGCUGGGAGGUUCGCGACUUCGGUGACUGUAGGAGGGAAUGAGAGGGUAUAUGUGUUAUAUGGGCAUGUGGACGAGGGUAUUCAUGGAAAUGGAGAAAGAGAGGAGUUUAGUAUAGUGGAGAUAGAAUCAGAGGAGGAAAAUAAAGAAGACAAUGUUUGGAUCUAUAUUUUGAUUGGGUUGGGAAUGGUUUAUUUCUUCUUUUGGAGAUUUCAGAUGCGCCAGCUUGUUACCAACAUGAACAAAAAGACUGCUUAACUGUUUUCUCGGUUUUUUUUAUUUUUUAUUUUUUUCCCACAAAAAAAAUAAAAAUAAAAGAAGAGAAAAUGAUUAAUUUCCCGUUUUGCAUUUUUUAGUGGAUGCCCAAGGGCUUUUGUAAUAGUUGACUUUAUACUUUAUUUUUAUGCACUUAUAAAAGUUCUCUUGCCUGCAUUAAUGGAUGGUUAUGAUAUGUA